UGACAGUUAUAGUAGACUGAUAUAAUACACUGACGAAAACAUCAGUCAAUUCGUAGGUUUAAAAUGGCAGAAGCGAAGACGAAGCCAACUUUUAAGCCUAAAUUUUCCGUACUCACCUCCACACAAACGUUACCGAAAAAAGAGAAACAUCAGACCAAUGAUUUAAAAAAAAAUCAAGUACAAAAAGAUGAGAAAAUCCGAAAGAAUAUUGAAACAAAAAAUACUGAUAAAUCAAAUCAAAUCACACAGAAUAAACUGAAGCUGACAUCGCUUUCGGAUUCGCAGUAUGAAGACAUUUUUGCUUCAGUAACCGCCCGAGUCCUGGCGGAAGAUUUUUUGACACUGGAUGACCGAUUUCCUGGCACGGAAAACGUGAAACGUAACGGUUCCGAACCCAGUAAAACUGAAGAGAUGCCUGACAAACAAUGUGAUGUACGCCCUGAAGAGACGAACAAACUUACUCCUGCGGAAAACUUUACCAAGGCGAUGACGAAUAAGUCACCUAGUUUAACCAAACGAACCAAUGAGGUGACGCCACUGACAAGUCCAUUGGAUGGGAAUGAAGAGAGUGUUUUGGUGAAACAACCAGUACUCAAGAAGAAAGAGAAAAAAACGAAGAAAAAAUGUAAUAAAACUGAGAAGAGAAAAAGUUUGCAGUAUUCAUCAGGUACCCCUGAAGAUCAAAAUGUGAAGUCGGGACAGAAUGAACAUAAUGACGGUGUAACCGAAGAAGGAACAUGGGUGCAAUGCGGUGCAUGUGACAAAUGGAGAUUCCUAUCUGAAUGUUUAGAUCCGUCCAUAUUGCCGGAACAAUGGAUUUGUUCAUUUAAUCCAGACAAAAAUUUGGCAAGCUGCUCGGCAGUCGAAGAAGAGUGGCAUAGUUCGUCACAAGAUAGUUUUAUCUACACGCAAUUCUCUCCCGGGUCUAUCGUUUGGGCAAAGAUGGCAGGAUAUCCGUCGUGGCCAGCGAUGGUUGACAUAGAUCCAGAUUUCAAUACCUUCUAUGAAACCUUCCCAAAUGGAGAAGUGUCUUAUUACCAUGUUGUGUUCUUGGACGAUCGGGUCAGCAGAGCAUGGAUUUCGCACCGAUAUAUUGAAGCAUAUCGAGCAAGUGAUACUCCUGUGAAAAUGCCCGCAAGAAAUAGUAAAAAUCGUGAUUUUGCAAAAGACGUGGAAGGUGCAAGACAAAGAGCCGAAAACGCAUUAAAAAUGAGCAUAGCAGAUAGAUUGAUGAAGUUUGCUUUUAGAAAUCGGUUUAGCGGAAAGUCACAUUGGAAUAGAGACAGAAAUACCAUGGAGAAAAAAUUCAAACGAAAAGCAAAAGUUCAAGAAGGUAGGAGAAGGGGAAAAGUUAGCAAGUUGAAAUCUACAAGUUCAGCUACGAAAUCAAUCGAAUUCACUGGAAAUAUAUUUGAAGAAAAACCAGCGAAAGACGAUAAAAACAUAGAUGAUUCAAAUAAAGAACAUGAGGAAAGUAAAGAUGAUACAUAUGUGUCGGGAUCCGAAGUUGACGAAGAGUACUGGGAGAAGCAAAAUGACGAGGAAAGUGUUUUGUUUGGAAAUAUGGUUGUAGAUGCGGUUCAUAACAGAAGCGAUGAAAUACCGUUUGUUGGAGAUGAAGUUACGGCUAAAGCAUUGGAAUUGAAUUCCGAGAUUUUUUCAAUGGAAGCUGCCAAGUGUCCACAAAACAGUUGCGAAGUUCUCGACCUCAGCCAGAACACCGGAGAGAAGACUUCGAUAAUCUUGCCAGGUAUGAAAGACAAACUGCCAAAAGAAGAACCUUUGGAUUUAAGCGGCAAACGCUCAAAUAGGGAAGACGAAUAUUGGCUAGCACCCGACAAACCAGGUCAAACUGAAGAACUAUUUGAAAACAUGAGAGAUGUGCAUAUGGAAGACGAAGCAUUGGACGCCGGUGCCGGCCUACAGCAAUGGGAGGAUUUUGAAAAGAUGGUUCUAAUGGAAUAGAAUUUUGUUACUUUCGGAUUACGUUCAAAUUUACGUUCUUGUUUUUAUAAUUUUGAUGAAUUGGAAUAGUUUAUUUAUUAGAAGUUUUUUGAAAAUUGUGAAAUUACAUUUAUUCAUCGUUUUAAAAAUUUCUACAAAGUAAAAUUUAUUAUAUAAUGAAUGUAUUCUGAAAGUAAAUUCCAAAUUUGGGACGGGCCCAUGCUAAAGUAGAACAGGCAAGUGCCAAGAUUUUACAUUAAAAUAUCCACAUCCAUUGUUAAUAUUAGAAUACAUAGUUGGGGGGAUUCACUGGGAUACAGAACACACCACAAUCAAAACUCCGCUAAAUUUUAUUUAAACCAACCAUGGACAGGGUGUAUUUUUUACCAAUAUUCUUUCUUCCAUAUAUCCAAGUAAAUAUAACACCAUCACC